GCGGCGGCACGGCAGGCGGUGGCCCCGGGAGCGGCAACAUGAGUGGGUCACAGAAUGAUGACAAAAGGCAAUUCCUGCUGGAGCGAUUGCUAGAUGCAGUAAAGCAGUGCCAGAUCCGCUUUGGAGGGAGAAAGGAGAUCGCAUCAGACUCUGACAGCAGGGUGACCUGUCUGUGUGCCCAGUUUGAAGCUGUCCUUCAGCAUGGUAUGAAGAGGAGCCGAGGAUUAGCACUCACGGCAGCAGCCAUCAAGCAGGCAGCAGGCUUUUCCAGCAAAACUGAGACAGAGCCCGUGUUUUGGUUCUACGUGAAGGAGGUCCUCAACAAGCAUGAGCUGCAACGCUUCUACUCGCUGCAUCACAUCUCUGCAGAUGUGGGUCGAGGUCGGGCCUGGCUGCGCUGCGCCCUCAAUGAGCACUCCCUGGAGCGCUACCUGCAUACGCUCCUGGCUGACCGUGCCAGGCUCAGCACAUUCUAUGAAGACUGGUCUUUUGUGAUGGAUGAAGAAAGGUCCAGCAUGCUCCCUACUAUGGCAGCUGGCCUGAACUCCAUACUCUUUGCAAUUAACAUUGACAACAAGGAUUUGAAUGGGCAGAGCAAAUUUGCUCCCACUGUCUCUGACCUCUUAAAGGAGUCAACACAGAAUGUGACAUCCUUGCUGAAGGAGUCCACGCAGGGUAUGAGCAGCCUUCUCAGGGAGAUCACAGCAUCCUCUGCUGUCUCUAUUCUCAUCAAGCCGGAACAAGAGACUGACCCUCUGCCUGUCAUAUCCAAGAACGUCAAUGUUGAUGCCAGAUACAAAAGGGAGAGGAGGAGGAGGAAGAAGGUGACCAACAUUGUCUCUUUUGAUGACGAUGAUGAUGAGCAGAACAAUGGGGACACUUUAAAAAAGAUGCCUGGGACUGUAGAAAGCUCCUCCAUCAACGUCAUGUCAACCUUUGAAAGCCCCUUUGGACCAAAUUCCAAUGGGAGCCAGAGCAGCAAUUCAUGGAAAAUUGAUUCUGCAUCUUUGAAUGGGGAGUUGGGCUACCAGAAGCUGGAUGUGAAAAGCAUUGAUGAUGAUGUGGAUGAAAAUGAGGAGGAUGUGUACGGGAACUCAGCAGGGAGGAAGCACAUGGGCCACUCUGAGUCCACAGACAAGCCGCUGGAUGGGAAGUCGUGCCUCCCCCAGGUCCAUGGCUGGGCCCCACUGCAGGUGCUCCAUGGAGAUGCUGAUGCUGACACUGACGUCCUCUUCCCUGUCAGUGGAGUGGGCUCCUAUGUUUCAGCAGAUGCCCCCGUGGGAAGUCUGGAGAACGGCACAGGACCAGAGGACCAUGUACUCCCAGAGCCUGGCCUUCGAUACAGUAUGGAAGCCAGUUCUCCAGGCCAAGGAAGUCCUCUUAGUAGCCUGUUACCAUCUGCCUCCAUGCCUGAAUCCAUGACAGUUCAUGAACUACGCCAAGCCAUCAUGGCCAUGAUGAACAGAAAGGAUGAAUUGGAAGAAGAGAACGGGUCACUGCGGAAUCUCCUUGAUGGUGAGAUGGAGCACUCAGCCUCACUCCGGCAAGAGGUGGACGCCUUGAAAAGGAAGGUGACAGAGCAGCAGGAGCGCCAUACCACAAAGGUCCAGGCACUGGCAAGAGAAAACGAGGUGCUCAAAGUCCAACUGAAGAAAUAUGUAGGAGCUGUCCAGAUGCUGAAAAGAGAAGGUCAAACAGCUGAAGUGGUACCCAGUCUUUGGAACAUUGAUGGAGAAGUUACAGUACCUGAACAGAAGCCUGGGGAAGUUGCUGAGGAGCUAGCAAGCUCCUAUGAGAGGAAGCUCAUUGAGGUGGCUGAGAUGCAUGGAGAGCUGAUUGAGUUCAACGAGCGUCUACACCGAGCUCUGGUAGCCAAGGAAGCCCUGGUGUCUCAGAUGAGGCAGGAGCUGAUCGACCUCCGAGGCCCUGUACCUGGAGAUUUGAGCCAAACAUCUGAAGACCAGAGCUUGUCAGAUUUUGAAAUAUCAAAUCGGGCCCUGAUCAAUGUCUGGAUCCCAUCUGUGUUUCUCCGGGGUAAAGCAGCCAAUGCAUUCCAUGUUUAUCAGGUCUAUAUCCGGAUAAAGGACGAUGAGUGGAAUGUGUAUCGGCGUUACACUGAGUUCCGGGCAUUGCAUCAGCAGCUGCAGAGCACAUUCCCACAAGUAAGGGCCUACAACUUCCCACCCAAAAAGGCCAUCGGAAACAAGGAUGCCAAGUUUGUGGAGGAGCGGCGAAAGCAACUCCAGAGUUACCUACGCAGCGUCAUGAACAAGGUCAUCCAGAUGGUGCCUGAAUUUGUUGCCAACCCCAAGAGGGAGACCCUGGUGCAACUGGUGCCCUUCCUCGUGGAUAUCGCUCCACCGGGAGAACCACUGAACAAGAACAGCAGGCCUAAAGUCACUUCCCGCUUCCCUAAGCUGUCCCGAGGCCACGCCAGGGAGAUUCGCACUGUGGAGCCCCAGAGCGGUGACCUCUGACCUCAGGGGAAUUCCAGACCCCAGCCACUUUGUGCUCAACCUAGCCAUGGCAACUGACCCUGGACACCCUGGCAGGAUGACCCUGUUCCCACAGAGAGCCCACUCUUCCUGCUGCCACAUGCCAUCCAAUUAAACUGGUCAGGUUUA